CUGCGUUUCCCGGCAGGCCUAGCGGCGGCCUCAGUGUUCGGCCUGUGCUCUGCUCUUUCCCCCCUCGCCCAGUAACUAGUAGCCGGUGCUGCGUCACGAUCGCUCCCGGAGCCCGGGACCCGUGGCGGCAGCAGUGGGGGCCGCAGUGGUGGAAGAAGAAGAAAAAGAGGAGGAGGGGGAAGGAGGAGCAGAGGCGGCGGCUGCCUGGUAGGAAGGCGGCUGGAGGCGGCGGCGGGCGGCUUGGCGGUGCUCGGGUGCUCGGUCGGUCCGCGGCUCUGGGAGACGCCGCUCAGCUCCCGGGAGCGGCCACCAGACACACAGCGGUCACGGCCCGGGACUCUGGGGCAGGCGGCUUAGGCCGCCGCAAUACAAGGAAAAUCGUAUGACUCGCCGACCACGGGCAACCAGGAAGAGGAUCGCGGCGGAGACCGGAGCCGGUUACCGGAGGCCCUGGGGAGCGAAGGAAGGAAAGAAAAAGAACAAGAUGUCAAAAAUCCGACGGAAGGUUACAGUAGAAAAUACCAAGACCAUAUCGGAUAGCACAUCACGUAGACCAAGUGUUUUUGAAAGGCUUGGACCUAGCACAGGGACUAGUGCAGAGACUCAGUGUCGUAACUGGAUGAAAACUGGUAACUGUGUGUAUGGUAACACUUGUAGAUAUGUUCAUGGCCCAUCGCCAAGGGGAAAAAGUUAUAGCGGUACUUACAGAAGAUCACCAGAGCGUCCCACUAUAGAUUUGCGUGAUAGAAUGAAAAAUAAGCGCCAGGAGGUAGAGUCAGAGCCACAGAAACGUACAGCUGAAGAACAAACUUCUCCUUCCAGGAAAGAGUCCUCCAGGGGAAGACACAGAGAAAAGGAAGAUAUUAAAAUUACUAAGGAAAGAACUCCAGAAAGUGACGAAGAAGGUCCUGAAUGGGAAACUGCCAGAGAUGUUGACCAAUGUGGAAAAAUGAGUGAGUACACGCCUAAGGCUAGUGGAAAAGUGCCUCUCUCCUUAGAUUCAGAAAAUGAUGUUAAUUAUGACUAUGACCACGAAUUGUCUUUGGAAAUGAAGCGUCAGAAGAUACAACGUGAAUUAAUGAAACUGGAGCAGGAAAAUAUGGAAAAACGGGAAGAAAUUGUAAUAAAAAAAGAGAUUUCCCCGGAAGUUAUUGCCAAAAUGUCCCCUUCACCCAGUAAAUCCAGCAAGUCCCCUAAACGAAAGUCCAGUCCAAAAUCUGGCAAUCCUACAAGUAAGAAAGAAAAGAAGGUGGUAGUUGCAACAUCACCACCUCCAUCUGAACCACCAGUGAGACAUUCCAAAGUAGCACAAAGCAAGAAGAAAGGCCCUCGGACACCAAGUCCCCCUCCACCUGCUCAAGAAGAAGUUUUACUCUCAAAAAAGCACAAAGAUAAACAUAAAGUGAAGGAGCGUAUUGAGGAAAGAGUAAAAGAUGUGAAGGAAAGGGGCAGAGAGGUUGAAAAACACAGGGACAAAAAAGACAGACAGAGUAGGGAUCUGUCUGAAGGAUCUCACAGACAGAAGCGGUCACCAAGUCCAGCUGAACGCUCUCGCAGCAACUCUUCCCAUUCAAGAGAGUAUUCACCUGUUCCUUCCAGGAGAAGACAUACAUCUUCACCAACGCCUGUGAAAUCCCACAAACAUACAAUAUCACCUUCUCGCAGGUCCAUUUCUCCUGCACGUCAUCAUUCUCCAGUAUCCUCAAGACACCACUCCCCAUCUUCACAGUCAGGAUCAUCUGUUCAGAGGCACUCUCCCUCUCCUCGUCGUAGAAGGUCUCUGUCCCCGCGCUAUCAGAGAGCCUCCUCACCAUCUGCCAGACGCUCAUCAUCCUCUCCAUAUGCUACCCAUACAUCAUCACCACAGAGGAGGAGUCCAUCCAAACAUCGAUCCCCUGUGAGAGAAAAAGGAAGGCACGAAAGGGAAAGAACCUCUGCCUCUCAAGACAGACGUAGAGACAGGAGGGAUGAUAGCAGGGGAAGAAAGGAUAAGGAAAGAGAACGAGAUGACCGGGAGCAAAGUGGCUCUAGAGACCACAGAGAUGAAAGAGAAUCUCGUGACGGUCGUGAUCGUAGAGACAUCAGGGAUAACCGUGACAGAAGAGAGACUAGGGAUACCAGGGAGAGCCGUGAGGCUAGAGAUUCUCGUGACUAUAGAGACACUAAAGAAAGCAGAGAGCAGAAGGAGUCUCGCUCUGCUCGUGACACUCAUGAUUAUAGAGAAAGAGACAAUCGUGAGUCCCAUAGGAAAGAUGAUCAGUAUGAUGAACGCAGCUACAGAAGAAGUCAUGGGAGAGAUGAAUCUUCAAGAUCCGAAACAAGAAAUGAUUCUAGAAAUGACGGCCGUAAUGAAUCCAGGAGUGAGGCCAGGAGUGAUCGGAAUGGCCGGGCACGAGGACGUGCUGCAGACCCUCCUGAAAAAGGUGGUCGUGGAAAUAGAAGUUCUCAGGUGGAUAACCAUAGCAGCAGCAAUUACCACGACAACUGGGAUUCAAGGAGUAGUUAUACGGAACGCGAGAGGUAUGACAGCCGCGACCAGGGGAGAGAUUCGUCAUUUGAUCGUAGACAUGGGGACAGAGAACGCCGUGAGCGCGAGAGAGAUCAAAGGCAGACAUCCCCAGCACAACAUCGUGGAAGAAAUGAUGAUGAUCGAGAAGAAAGGAGAGAUGAGCGAAGAGUAGACCGAUCAGAUGAUAGGAGAGAUGACAGGGCUAGAGAACGUGAAAGGGAGCGAGAGAGAGAACGUGAAAGAGAGCGAGAAAAGGAACGCGAGUCUGAAAGAGAGAGGGCUCGUGAGCGGGAGAGAGAAAAAGAAAGGGAGCGAGAGCGUGAAAGAGAGAGAGAAAGGGAAAGAGAGCGAGAGGAGCGUGAAAGAGAGAGAGAGCGCGAAAGGGAACGAGAACGGAACCAUGAAAGGGAAAGGGAGCGUGAACGAGGCAGGGACAGAGAAAGAGAGCGACCUAGAGAUUGGGAAGAAAAAGAUAAAGGAAGAGAAGAUCGCAGAGACAAACGGGAUGAUGUCCGGGAUGAAAAAAAAGAGCCGCAUGAUGAUCGAAAAGCUAAGAAGCGACAUAGAAAUGAAAACAGUCCCAGCCCACGUCAGUCCCCAAAACGACGCAGAGAGCAUUCCCCAGACAGCGAUGCCUAUAACAGUGCUGAUGAGAAGAAUGAAAAGCAUAGGCUUCUGAGUCAAGUUGUCAGACCUCAGGAAACGCGUCCUCUUAGUCCCGCUCCUAUUACAGAGGAAAGGCCAUCUCGCUGGAAGGAGGAAGAACGUAAACCUGACAGGAAAGAUGGGUCCAGGCGUUACGAGGAGAUAGAGACUAAAGAACGGGUAUCUAGUACUGAAAAACAGAGAGAACAUAUAGAUGCUGAAAUCUUAAAGACAAAAGAGGCAGACAGCACUAUACAGCAUAAAACCGAAGAAAAAGAGGUUACUGACAAAGUACAUGAAGACAAAACCAAGAAGAAAAUGCUGAAGAAAACUGGGAAGAAAAAGAAAGAGGAAGAACCUGCAGUUGAAAAGACUGCAACGGAACCUCCACCAGAAGAAGCCAAAGUAUUUUCACCCAAGAAGGGCCAGAAAAAGAAAAAUUUGGAGAAAAAGCGGAAGAAGGGAGAAUCUGAUAUUUCUGAUGAAGAAGCUGUUCAGCAUGUUAAGAAGAAAAAAGGGCCUAGAACUCCCCCAGUAAUAACUCCAUCAGUUACAGCCUCAGUAGUUAUUAAGGAGGAAAUUACAGAGGUUACACCAGACAAGAUAGCUGUUGAAACAGUACCAUUAAAGGAUUCCACAUUCAGUGACUGGUCAGAUGAAGAUGUUCCUGAAAGAACAGAACCUGCAGUUCCUGAAAAACCUACAGAAGAACCCAUCAAAAAGCCCACCAAGGUGAAACCUGAGAAAGAUGAACAGCGACCUCCUUGCGUUGAGGAACCCCCAGUUCGCAAGCCCACUGAACAGAAGCGUAGCAGCAGUAUAUGCAGUAACCAGAGCCGUACAUCAAGCCGCUUACGUUCUCCAUCUAUUGAUUCUGUUCACCGUGGUGGGGAUGAACAGGUUGUUAGGAGAAGACUGUUGCCUGGUAGUUCCAGAGAUCGAGAACGAAACAGAAGUAUUGAGCCUUCCGGAGAGCGCAAAUCCAGAAUUGAUCAACUGAAAAGGGGAGAACCGAGCCGUAGCACUUCAUCAGGACACCCAGUCGGCAUGCAGCCACACAUCCCAACACGGCAUACAGAUCGCAGGGACUCUAGAAGUCACAGUUCAAGAAGAAGUUCUCCUGAAUCUGACCGUCAAGUAAAUUCCAGAUCUGGGUCUUUUGACAGCCGAGAGAGAGCACCUGACAGAGAGAGAUAUGAACAUGAUCGGGACAGAGAUCGAGAAAAGGAAAGAGACCGUGACAGGCGUGAUAUGAGACCGAGAGACUGGGAAAGAGAAACUGAAAAAGACUGGCCGAGAAAUAGAGAGCGAGAACGGCUACGAGAAAGGGACCGGAGAAGAGACUUUGAAAGAGACAGAGAGAAAUUAAAUCCUGACAAUUCAGAAAAAGAGCGAGUCCGACUUCUUGAUGUCCCUUCGCCGGCAGAUCAGAAACGUAGUGACACAAAGGAGAGAGAGGGUGAAAAAAGUUAUGAGGCCACAAGUCGGAACACUUCUACUUUGGAGAAAGCAGAAAAAGAUACAGAACCCCUACAAGAUCUUGUCAGUAGUCGCAAAGCAGAAAAAGCUGAGGGUUUUGAUGGAGCUGAAGAGGAGUUUUCCAAGCUUGAUGAUGACCAGUCUGGGGACUCUGUAGCUGGAGAAGAGUAUGAGCCCAUCAGUGAUGGAGAGCUGGAAGAGAUUCUAGCUGAUGAUGCUGAAAAGAAGGAAGACCAGCAUGAUGAUGAAAAGAUGUCUGAUCCUCUGGAUGUGAUUGAUGUGGACUGGUCCAGUCUGAUGUCCAAGCAGAUGAAAGAGCCGCGAGAAUCCGGAGCUGCUUUGUUAAAGUUUACACCAGCUGCUGUUUUAUUACGUGUUGGCAUUUCGAAACGAUUAGCAGGACCAAAUCUGUUCAACAAGGUUAAAGACACUUGCCAACAAGCAAUAGAAAAGCCUAAUGAAGCUGAAAACCUAUUUGAACAUGAGCUGGGAGCUCUGAAUAUGUCUGCUUUGUUACGGAGGCAAGAGCGUGCUGGCUUACUGAGUAACCUUGGACCAUGUUGUAAAGCGCUGUGUUCAAGGCGGGACCUAGCAAUUCGCAAACAACUUGUACAAAAUGAAAAGGGCACUGUGAAACAGGCUUACUCAAACCCUCCAUUGGUUGACAGUGAACUUCUAAGGCUCAGUUUGCGUCUUUUCAAAAGAAGAACUGGCUUAAGUCAAGAAAGCCCUGAUGACUGCAAACUUUCUGCAGUGAAUAAACCUCCUGAAGUUUGUGUGUCCUAAUGACUGAUGAAAUAUAAAUAUAAAACUGUUGCAGAGAACUGUGCUACCAUUUUUUUUAUUUCUAUACCCUUGGCUGUUUUAUGUAUAGUAAAGCUAUAAAUGUUUUGUAAUGUGUUGCUGCUUUUUUUUACAACAUUAAUACCCUUUGCUUGUAGUUAGUAACAUAUUUUGUAUAAUUAUCUAUUUGAAGGUCCUAGAAUCCGUAUCUUUUGCUGCCUGUGUAAAUCCCUGUGUAAUAUAUCCUUUGCCUUUGUACAAUGCAUUUGGAUCAUUUUCAGACCCUUAAGCUUUUUCUGCAUUUUAUGCUGCAGCCUCAGGGAUGUGGAAUUCAUAUCGCCUGACAUGCAGUUCCAGGCAUCAGGCAGGUUAAUUUUUCAGGCCCUUAGCCCUGCUUCGGUCAAGCAGGGAUGGACCUGAAAGCUAGGGAUCGACCGAUAUCGGUAAUUGCCGAUAAUGUCCAAAAUCGUGAAUAUCGGCCAAACCGAUAAUCGGUCGAUCCCUACUGAAAACCCCCGACAAGCACGCCGAUGCUCAGAGGGGUAUAUGGAGUGGGCUCCUGACAUUUGCCCGCUCCAUACUCUGCAGCCCCCAGCUGUUUUCAGUAGCCCGAUCGCGGUGGCUGGCUGUAAACCCUUUAGAUCGCUGCUGUCAAAGCGGACAGUGGCGUCUAAAGGGACACAUGAGUGCUCCUUGGUGGGCUAGUGGUUCGAGCGAUCCACUAUAGAAAUAGCCGGAGGGCUUACCUCUGCUUCCCUGGUGUCCGUGGCUCUGUAAUUGUUAGAGCCUAGUCCAGCCAGGCUAUCAAUGGAUCGCAGAGCACACAGAUCAAUGGAGUUCAAUAGAACGCUAUUGAUGUGUAUGAGGAAUCUAAUGAUUCCUCCUAAAAGUCCCCUAAGGGACUAAUAAAGUGUAAAAAAAAAAAAAAAAAAAAAAAGUUUUAAUGAAAGUUUAAAAGACACACAUUAUCCCCUUCCAUAUUUAAAGUUCAAAUCACCCCCUUUUCCUAUAUAAAAACAUGUAGACAUAAUGAAAAAUAUAUUUGGUAUUGCUGCGUGCAUACAAACUAUUAAAAUAUAACAUUAUGUAUCUCGUACGGUAAAUGACGUAAAUGUAAAAAAUACCAAACGACAGAAUUGCAAUUCAACAUUCAAUUUCAACAUCAGAGAAAUCCAAAAUGAAAAGCAUUUCUUCUGUAGUAUAUAGCCCCUAAAAAGUACUGGAAGGAUUAAGAUUUUUUAACCCCUACAGGACCUAUGACGUAACGUUACGUCCCGACACCCUGGGUCUUAAGGACCAAGGACGUACAGUUACGUCAUGGGCAGUUCUGGUCCCCGCCGGGCAGGGAUCGGACCGGAAUGCCUGCUGAAAUUAUUCAGCAGGCAUCCCGUGCAAAUGCCCAGGGGGGUCAUUAGUAUGAAUAUCAUUUAACCCCUCCCCUAUUAAAAGUUUGAAUCACCCCCCUUUUCCCAUAAAAAAAAAACAGUGAAAAUAAAAAUAAACAUAUAUGGUAUCACCGCGUGCGGAAAUGUCCGAAUUAUAAAAAUUUAUAGUUAAUUAAACCGCUCGGUCCAAAGUCCAAAAUAGUGCAUUUUUGUCACUUUUUAUAUCACUUUUAUAUCGAUCAAUAAGUCCUAUCAAUGCAAAAAUGGUACCGUUAAAAACUUCAGAUCACGGCGCAAAAAAUGAGCCCUCAUACCGCCCCAUACACGGAAAAAUAAAAAAGUUAUAGGGGUCAGAAGAUGACAAUUUUAAACAUAUUAAUUUUCCUGCAUGUAGUUAUGAUUUUUUCCAGAAGUACAACAAAAUCAAACCUAUAUAAGUAGGGCAUCAUUUUAAUCGUAUGGACCUACAGAAUAAAGAUAAGGUGUCAUUUUUACCGAAAAAUGUACUACGUAGAAACGGAAGCCCCCAAAAGUUACAAAAUGGUUGGGUUUUUUUUCUUCAAUUUUGUCGCACAAUGAUUUUUUUUCCGUUUCACCGUAGAUUUUUGGGCAAAAUGACUGACAUUAUUGCAAAGUAGAAUUGGUGGUGCAAAAAAUAAGCAAUCAUAUGGAUUUUUAGGUGCAAAAUUGAAAGAGUUAUGAUUUUUUAAAGGCAAGGAGCAAAAAACAAAAAUGCAAAAACAGAAAAAACCCUGGUCCUUAAGGGGUUAAGGAUUGCUUCAGGGAGUAUCACACUUCCAUGGAGUUCUAAAUUUUCCCUCUUCAUUUUAAUUUUCCACAAUUUGACCCAAAUGUACCAAGUCCAGAGUACAUUCCAAGUUUUAACCCCAUAAAACCACUAAAUUGCCCAAAAAAAUAUUAAAUCCAAAAAAAACACUGACAAGACCUCUGGGGGGUAUUUUUUUUAUAAAAAAAAAUGGGUCAUGGAUCACUGAGUCACUAUCAUCGGGGACUUUUUAUGUUGCCUCAAAUGCGCAGCACUCUCUCUCCACCUGAGCGGGGUGCGCAUUUGAGGCAACAAGUUAGGGAUGGCCACACAUAUCACAUUCCAGAAUGAUGAUUCAGAGCAUAGGGUUUGGGGCGGGCAUAUUUUUUUGUUUUGGCUAUGCUCUGGGUCAUCAUUCUGGGAACAUAAUCUGUUUUAUAAUUUUAUGUCCCACUGUACCCCAUUUUAGUUACUUAGUGUACCCCAGUUAUUUACCCCCCUGUAAUGCCCCUUGAGGGUGGGUCCCACUGUUCUGGCUCCAUAGGAGAAAGCCAAAGCUCAAGGACCCUGACUGAUCUCCGGCACCUCUGAGACUGGUGUGCACGCUGUUUACGCCCAGACUUGAGGUAUGUUCUUACUCCAAAGAAAUGUAUGUACACAUUUACAAUGACAUUUUCUCCUUUUACCACUUGUGAAAAUUAAAAAUUUGGGGUAACCCCAGCA